AAUGGAGAAUGUGGAAAUAUGCAGCGAAUGAGAAGACGACACCUCCAUCUUAACGAUUCGCCGGUUCCCUGAAAUCUCUCCGAUAACUCCCUUCCCCAAGGAUCACUCAAAUCCAUUCCUACAAUUUCUUCCUCUCUUUCUCUCUAUAUAUACUGAUAUUGCCGGCGGCGGCGGCGAUUCGCGAUGUCGGAAUCGAAGGUGUUCGACGCGGCGGCGGCGACGGAGUUGGUGAAGGAGCUGAGAGGUAGUUUUGGCUCCGGCAAGACUCGGAGCUAUGAGUGGAGAGUGUCGCAGCUUGAGAGUCUCUUGAAGCUCAGCGUUGACCAUGAGAAAGACAUUUGCGAUGCGCUUUACUCUGACCUCUCCAAGCCUGCGUUGGAAUCCACUAUUCAUGAGAUAGGUAUGGUAAAAAGUUCGUGUAAAUUGGCACUUAAAGAACUCAGACAUUGGAUGGCACCAGAGAAGGUUCAAACCACAAUUACCACUUUUCCUUCGUCUGCUGCAAUUGUACCAGAACCUUUGGGUGUUGUGCUGAUCAUUUCUACUUGGAAUUAUCCAUUCUAUUUAUCUCUUGAUCCAGUUGUUGGAGCAAUAGCAGCUGGUAAUGCUGUGGUUCUAAAGCCAUCAGAAAUUUCUCCAGCAACAUCAUCUUUAAUGGCAAAACUUUUUGAUAAGUAUUUGGAUACAUCUGCUGUAAAAGUUGUUGAGGGUGCUAUAGCCGAAACUAAUGCUUUACUGGAGCAAAGGUGGGACAAGCUAUUUUAUACAGGCAACGGAAGAGUGGGGCGUAUAGUAAUGGCAGCUGCUGCCAGGCACCUUACGCCAGUUGUUUUAGAGCUUGGAGGAAAAUCUCCAGUAGUAGUUGAUUCAAAAAUCAACUUACAAAUUGCGUGUAGGCGGAUUAUAUCUGGGAAGUGGGGUGGUAACAAUGGACAAGCAUGCAUUGCUCCUGAUUACAUCAUAACUACGAAAGAAUUUGCUCCGAAAUUGGUGGAGUCUCUGAAACAAGAACUGGAGAGAUUUUAUGGAAAGAAUCCGUUGGAAUCUAAGGAUAUAUCUCGCAUUGUGAAUGCUAACCACUUUAAUCGCUUGACCAAGCUCUUAGAUGAUGAUGAAGUUUCUAGCAAGAUUGUUCAUGGAGGUGAAAAGGACAAAACCAAAUUACAGAUUGCUCCCACCCUCUUAUUGGAUGUCCCUCGAGACUCUUUGAUUAUGACGGAGGAGAUAUUUGGUCCCUUGCUUCCUAUUAUCACGGUAGACAAAUUGGAGGAUAGCUUCGAGAUAGUGAAUUCAGGCACAAAGCCACUUGCAGCCUAUUUGUUUACCAACAACAAAAAGCUCAAGGAACAAUUCGUGGCUUGUAUCUCUGCAGGAGGUGUGGUUAUCAAUGACACCACCUUACAUCUUGCAGUUAGCACACUACCAUUCGGAGGAGUUGGGGAGAGUGGAAUGGGAGCUUACCAUGGGAAGUUUUCAUUUGAUGCAUUUAGCCAUAAGAAGGCUGUUCUUUAUCGAAGUUUCGUGGGCGAUGUGCCGAUGCGAUACCCGCCUUACACAGAUGGAAAGCUAAGGUUUCUGAAAGCUCUUCUUGGAGGUGGCAUUUUGGGGCUCAUUCGUGCUCUUCUUGGUUGGUCGUAAGCAUCUUCUAACUCUCUUCUUCUUUAUAUAUAUGGCUUCUUCUCUUCUGCUGCCUUAUGAACUUUUAUCUUUCUAUUCAUUUUCAAAUUUGUGCCAUAUUUCCCAGUUCAACAGUGUUUGAGUUGUAAUCUUAUAACAAGUUCGAGAAUUCAUUAACUAUAUUCAAUAAAAAAAUUCUAUAAAUUGAUUCCUGUAAAAGUAAUUUUGAAAAAAA